AUGAGCAAAGCUGCAGAGCACGCACAUGUACAGCACGACGCGCCCCGCCGCCGUGGUCGCCUCGUCUUGAUCUUCAUCGCCGGCCUCGUCUCGGUCCCUCUGCUCGUCGCCCAGGCGUACCUGUUGCCGCGCGUGCUCGUCAGAUCGACACACAAGGACUACCUGCACCCGCACACGCACGCGCGCGACCGCUCGAUCGACUGGUCCUUCCUCCACCACUCGCGACAGUGCCCCCACCUCAAGCCAGUCGGCGUCGACGAGUUCAGCCCGCGUCGCGCUCGUCUAGCGUCCGCGCUCUCGAGUACUGGGUCUGGUGCACGCGCAUGGGCCGCCUACAUCUCGGAGCCGAGCGCCAACACCCUCUACUACCUCAACCUCACCCAGGCCAACUGGUACCUGUCGGAGCGGCCCUGGCUCGUCGCGCUCUCGCCCCCGACCUCACCCGACGAGCACGCCCACCUGUCGGUCCUCGCGCCCGCGUUCGAGCUGUCACGCUCGCAGCGCCUCCCGUUCGCCCUCACGCCAGAGCAGCGCGACCGCAUCGACUGGAUCACGUGGCAGGAGGCCGAUGACCCGUACGCCGUCCUGCUCGAGCACCUCGCCGGUCUGCGCGGUGACGAGUCGAGUGUGCCCUGGUCGCUCGAGGUCGAGGAGAACGUGCGCACGUUCGUGCGGGACGGCCUCGCCGCUGCGGCGAGUCGUGUCGGCGAGAACGCCCCGAGCGUCGGGCUCGCCAAGCUCGAGGUGCGGGAGCUGCGCAUGCGCAAGACCGAGGCCGAGGGCAAGAUCCAGCACUGCGUCGCCAAGAUCACGGUCAAGGCGCUCCAAGCGGUCCGCACCCACCUGCGCGUCGGCAUGACUGAGAAGGAGGGAGAAGCGCUCAUCACGAACGCCCUUCGCGCCGGCGGCCUGACCGACAUCGGCGUCAUCACCCUGUUCGGCGACAAUGCGGCGCUCCCGCACGCCUCGGCCAGCGCCGACCGCCGCCUCAAGAAGGACGAGUUCGCCCUGUUCGACGUCGACGGCUCUCUCUUCGGCUACCAGAGCGACUUUACCCGCACCAUGCUCCCCGAUCCUCCCUCGUCGCGCUUCUCGCGCUCGCGCUCGCCGCCCAAGUGGCCCUCUGCACGUGCCGAGAAGGUCUGGCGCACGAUCCGCCUCGCGCAGCAGGCCGCCCUCGACACGCUCGUCGCGCCGGCAAGCAACGAGACGAGGUCCGUGCACGCCGCCGACGUCGACCGAGCUGCGCGCCGCAUCAUCGAGGACGCCGGGUGGGGCGCCUACUUCACGCACCGCCUCGGGCACGGCAUCGGGCUCGAGGUGCACGAGCACCCGUACCUCAACGGCGGCAACUCGGAGCAGGCGCUCGUCGCCGGCGAGACGUUCUCGAACGAGCCGGGCAUCUACAUCGAGCGCGACGCCGACCCGGACCCGCAAGGUCACGGUAUCGGUAUCAGGCUCGAGGACAUGGUGCGCAAGACGGAGCGCGGGUGGGAGCUAGUGAGCGGCGAGCCGCUCGCGACGAGCCCUUGGGACCCUUGAGAGCCAGCGUGCAAUAGACGAGACGCGCCGACGUUCUGCGGCAGCUCGACAUGCG